AUGCCUGCUGUCUUGAGAACCAGGUCCAAAGAAUCCUCUAUAGAGCAGAAGCCUGCUUCCAGAACUAGAACGAGAUCAAGAAGGGGCAAGCGUGGUCGUGACGAUGAUGAUGAUGACGACGAUGAGGAAAGCGAUGAUGCAUACGAUGAAGUAGGUAAUGACUAUGACGAGUAUGCUUCAAGAGCGAAGCUGGCCACCAAUAGGCCCUUCGAAAUAGUCGCGGGACUGCCUGCUAGUGUGGAGCUGCCCAACUAUAACUCUUCGCUUACUCAUCCGCAAUCAAUUAAAAAUUCUGGGGUGCUUUACGACUCUCUGGUCAGUUCCAGAAGAACCUGGGUUCAGGGUGAGAUGUUUGAACUGUAUUGGCGAAGACCUAAGAAAAUUGUUAGUGAAUCUACCCCAGCAGCGACGGAGAGUCCAACAUCUGGAACGAUUCCUUUGAUUCGAGAUAAGAUGCAGAAAAUGUGCGAUUGUGUAAUGAGUGGAGGUCCUCACACGUUCAAAGUUAGACUUUUCAUACUGAAGAAUGACAAAAUCGAACAGAAAUGGCAAGAUGAGCAAGAGUUGAAGAAAAAGGAAAAGGAACUGAAACGAAAGAACGAUGCAGAGGCCAAAAGAUUGAGGAUGGAGGAAAGGAAAAGGCAGCAGAUGCAAAAGAAAAUAGCCAAGGAACAAAAACUUCAAUUGCAGAAGGAAAAUAAAGCCAAGCAGAAGUUGGAACAGGAGGCGCUGAAGCUAAAAAGAAAGGAAGAAAUGAAAAAACUAAAGGAACAAAAUAAAAAUAAACAGGGUUCACCUUCUUCCUCCAUGCAUGACCCAAGAAUGAUAAUGAAUUUGAAUUUGAUGGCACAAGAAGAUCCAAAACUAAACACUUUAAUGGAAACCGUCGCAAAGGGUCUUGCCAAUAAUAGUCAACUGGAGGAAUUUAAAAAGUUCAUUGAAAUUGCCAAAAAAAGGUCACUAGAGGAGAACCCAGUUAAUAAGCGUCCAUCUGUCACAACAACGCGACCUGCACCUCCCUCUAAAGCUAAAGACGUAGCCGAAGAUCACCGGUUAAACUCGAUAACCUUGGUGAAAAGUUCCAAAACCGCUGCCACGGAACCUGAACCAAAAAAAGCUGAUGACGAGAAUGCAGAGAAGCAACAGUCCAAAGAGGCAAAGACAACUGCCGAAUCGACUCAAGUAGAUGUCAAGAAAGAAGAAGAAGAUGUGAAGGAAAAGGGUGUGAAAUCAGAGGAUACACAAAAGAAAGAAGAUAAUCAAGUGGUACCGAAAAGGAAAAGAAGAAAGAACGCAAUAAAGGAAGAUAAAGAUAUGCAAUUGACCGCGUUCCAACAGAAAUACGUUCAAGGUGCGGAGAUCAUCCUGGAGUAUUUAGAAUUCACCCAUUCGAGGUAUUACCUGCCUAAGAAAUCAGUAGUAGAAUUUUUGGAGGAUACGGAUGAGAUUAUAAUAUCUUGGAUUGUUAUACACAAUUCUAAAGAAAUUGAGAAGUUCAAAACCAAGAAAAUAAAAGCUAAACUGAAAGCCGACCAAAAACUAAACAAGGAGGAUGCCAAGCCAGGCUCUGAUGUGGAGAAGGAAGUCAGCUUUAAUCCUCUUUUUGAAGCCGAUUGCCCUACCCCUCUCUACACCCCAAUGACAAUGAAGUUAUCGGGGAUUCACAAAAGAUUUAACCAAAUCAUCCGAAAUAGCGUUUCUCCAAUGGAAGAAGUUGUUAAAGAAAUGGAAAAAAUUCUGCAAAUUGGUACUAGAUUGUCUGGCUAUAAUCUGUGGUACCAAUUGGAUGGAUACGAUGAUGAAGCUUUGAGCGAAAGUUUGCGGUUCGAACUAAAUGAGUGGGAGCACGCCAUGAGAAGCAGAAGACACAAAAGAUAA